CACCCCUUCGCCCCAAACCAAACAAAACUCUCACUUCUUUUGUCGUCCCUUAUUUCUGUCGCUUUCUGUAAAUGGUGAUGGCUAGCCAACUAGGGCAGGGGAUCAAGCUAUUUGGGGCAACGAUUACGUUGCAUGGAAGACAAGUAAAAGAGGAACACGACCAAGCUGACAGUCCAACGCUCCACAAUAGGCCUGACAAGAUCAUACCUUGUCCUAGAUGCAAGAGCAUGGAGACCAAAUUUUGUUACUUCAAUAACUACAACGUCAAUCAGCCUAGACAUUUCUGUAAAGGUUGCCAGAGGUACUGGACGGCUGGUGGUGCUCUUCGGAACGUUCCGGUGGGGGCUGGUCGCCGUAAAGCCAAGCCAGUACCGGGUAUUGGCCUUGCUGGGUUUCCGGAGGGGAGCUUGCAUGACGGGUCUUUUGGGGUGCACCACCAGUUUGAGUUGGAGGGGAUGAUGUUGGAUGAGUGGCGAUUGACAGCAGCAAAUGGUGGUUUACGGUAAGUUUCCCCGAUAAAGCGGAGGCGAAUAAGUUGCUCAGAUGAUGGGGAUUCACGUGGGAUGUCAGUUGGGACACAAUCAACCCACUAGUGAGGAGUCCAUCAUCCAAUUUCAUUGAUCCAAAUCAGCUAUGGAAGCCACAUGGAUACGAAAGUGAAACCAUCACCAGUAUCGGCAUCAGAAUCAUCUUUGAUUAAGCUCAUGCCAAAUUUUAACGGAUAAGAUGGGAGGAGGUAGAUUCUUCGAACAAAGGGCUAAUUGCUUCAAACACUUCAGCUAGUGUAAAUGGAUACGUUUACAUUUAGGGUCAAUGUCCCAUAAAACUUUAAUCUUAUCAAAUCGUAUUCAUUAGUGAUUUUGGUAUAAAAAAGCAAACUAAAAUCAAGACUAUAUAUACUACUUACAGAUGUUGCGGUAGGGAAAACAGAUGCCUUGAGCUUAUAGGAUUAGGCGUCUUAUCACUCAGAUUAGUGGAGAUAGUGUCUUUAAGCUUAAACAAGUGCAUUGACCGAGCAUGUAGCUUGAGAAAGAACAAGAAUAACAUUUCUACACACUUCUAUUUCUUUAUAUCUGUUUUGUCAAAUAAAGUACCCUACUGACAAGAUUCCUGCCAAGUGCAUGGCUGAAAUCACAGUAGAAAGUGUAGAGAAUUUUGGAUUAAAAAAACCCAAUGAAUUGUCAUAUGCCCACAA